CCGCUGUUCCAAACAACCCGCCGAGCCUCUGACAAAGCAGACCGUCGAUAACGCAUCGAUUUCCCGCCAAUCAUGGGUGGUACGCGAUCGGCUGGUUGUGGGGGUACAUCAAUCCUCCUUCAGGUAGCACACUUUUGUAUGCAGUCCACAAAGUCAUCUUUAACACUAUUUUUUCAAAGAGCCUCAGAAUUCAGCCAGUAAAUAUUCACCCCGCCAGCUCGACAGCCUCAUCCAGGAGGUUUUGAGGAACAGUAGGCAUACUUUGUCUUUGGCGCUAGAUCCUCUGGUUCCAAUCCUUGUCCAGGAUGCUUCGUAAACUUCGGCCUCUGGAAAAGAAGCUUUCAACUGCCUUCAGCAUCAAGUCUAAGAAAAGCAAGCAUUCCAUCAAAUCUGUUCAAUCUGGAUGCUUGCGUCAAGAAGAAAAUCAACAGGCGCCAACGAUGAUACCUGAUGAGAUGUCGACUCCAGGGCCCCCGCGUAGCAUCCCGGAUGUUGAUUGCGUUUUGGAUACUCACGAACAAGCAGGAGAACGUUUACAACGAUAUGCACCAGGUCAAUAUCAGAGCGAAGUUUCCACGGACUCACUGGCAUCUCGAUACCGACGUGCGGUGAAUGACAGUGAUCCGUCAACAUUGAAUGCGGUAGAAACGGUCGAAGAAGAUAAUCCCUUGAUGUCCGCGACGGCAGGAUCCUCACCUUCAAGCAGUGAGACGGAUUUUGACUGGAAUGAAACCGACGAAUCAGAACUCGAUGAAUCCGAACGCCAGACACGAGAUCAACAAAAAUGGCGCGAGUUGCAAGCGCGGCAAGAACAUAACUAUACCAUUCGUCACGCCAAGCGUCUUCACAGAUUUUAUCGUUUUUUGAUGAAGCUUUCAUCCCCAGUCAGGACCCUGAUUAUAGGGUUUUUGGGGGCCAGUAUUGCUAUAACCCCAGCGAUCCUCGUGUGGUUGAGGUUUACCGAGUUAUCACAUAGAAACCAAAUUCUCGCAUGGUCGAUUUGGCUUAGCACCAGCUUUGCUGCCUCUUGUGCAACGUCGAUAAUUGUCGAAAUCUUGCCGUCUAUUGCGAUCAAGCUGUUUGAAUUGUUUUACGGCUCAAAGCCCGAAUCGUUAAAUACCCAAGUUGAAUUGUGGAUGAACGUCAGGUACUGGGCUAAAUUGGCAAUGGGUUUCGCGUCAUAUUGGGUGGCUUUGUCCGUUAUGUUCUCCCAUCUGUUCCGCUUUCGUGAAGACCCUCGUUUAGAAUACUUUCAUUGGGUGAAGAAGGGGACGGCGGGGUUAUUCACAGCAGGCGCUGUCUUGCUGGUGGAAAAAAUUUUACUACAGGUGAUCCAAUUGAAUUUCCAUCGGACUGGCCUGAAAGUGAGACUGGAGGAGAAUAAGCUCGCACUUUGGGCUUUGGACCGAUUGGCUGCUGCUAAAGGGGUUUCGCAUAAUCCCAAGAAGCGAAAUUCGAAGUCUCGAAGCAAUUUGAAUUCUCGACGCAUGAGGAAUGGGCUACAGAUGCCUCAUACCAAAGAUUCCAUCACAGUCGACGUGCCACUUACGCCAAAGGAUGCGAGCAUGGAUUAUUCAGGAGGAAAGCGAACGGCCGACAAUAGAACACCUGAGCUUGAAUUGAUGGAAAAAAAUCAGAAGAGACGUAGAUCUUCAAACUUCUUGAUAUUCGCCGACCAAUUGACAUCAGCUCUCAAUUCAGCUGUCAAGAAUAGAAACAGUGCUACAGGUGGCAUGCUGUCAUCAACCUACUCCGCCAAAAAACUGGCUAAAAAACUGUUCGAGGGUUUGGACAAAGACCGUGGAGGCUUCAUCACGCCAGACGAAUUUGAGCCGUACUUCAAAAAAUCCAGCGAUGCCGCAAUUGCGUUCAAACUGUUUGAUCAAGACGGAAAUGGUGACAUCGAUCGCAAGGAGAUGCGCAACGCCGUGGUCAGAAUUUACAAGGAGAGGAGAGCUUUGAGCAAGGGUUUGAAAGAUAUGUCCUCGGCAGUUUCCAAGUUGGAUGCAGUUAUGAUCUCAGCAGCCUGUCUUCUCACAAUUUUCAUAUGGUUCUUCAUCUUCAACCCAAAAGGAACAUCUUUGCAGCUGGUACCAAUGGCUACAAUGGUCCUUGGUUUCUCAUUUAUAUUUGGGAACACAGCAAAAAAUCUUUUCGAGAGUAUGCUGUUUAUUUUCAGCAUACAUCCAUAUGACGUAGGGGAUCUUGUUGCCAUAGAUGGUGUUCAUAUGUUCGUGAUGGAAUUCGGGCUCUUCUCAACAACGUUCCAGCGAGUGGACGGUCAAGUGGUAGUGGCCCCUAAUUCAGUGCUCAUUGCAAGGAAACAUAUACUAAACAUUCGUCGAAGCGGUCCGACUUGGGAAACGACCAACGUCAUGGUUGGCUUUAAUACUCCUUUAGAGAUCUUGCAUGAAUUUCGGGCAAGACUGAGGCAAUACGUCAUGGAUAAUCCUCGAGAGUGGAAGGGAGGGUUAACUAUCGCCAUGGAGCAUAAAUCAAAUUGGCAAGAUUGGGGCGCUCGAUGGGAUCGUCGGACAUUUCUCAUGAAGGAAAUGAAGCGGGUAAUGGACAGCUUGAACAUAACAUACAAGCUACCGCCACAACCUAUAUCUCUUCUCCCCAGAAGACCUGGGCCUCACCACCUUUCGUCGAGCCGCCAAGGAAGUUCGAUGCGAUCCCACCACCCAACAGGUGGUGGCGUGCUCUCACUCUCUCCCAGUCGUGGAGCCGCUGCUGGCGCAGGCCACUCCUCUCAUCCAUUUCAAAACGGUUAUUCAUUAUCCUCACUUCAAUGA